UAAAAUAAAAUCAAGUAAAUAAAGAAAUAAAAUCUUAUUUCUCCCUCUCUUAUAAAACCCUCCUCCUCUUUCCCCAACUUCCUCCUCAGCCUUCUCUCUCUCUCUCUCUCUCAUUUGCUUCAUUUCAGCUUAAUUUUUCCACGCUAUGCCACAAGUCGAUUUGGAAACCCUAGUAUCGGCGUGUGCGGGCGGCUCAAUGGAUCGAAAAAUUGCCUGUGAGACGCAGGCCGACGCCAUCACCGGCGGCCAAGACCGACCGGAGGAGGACAACGCCGACGAACUGGCGGUGCCGCCGGAUUUCCCUCCGGAAUCCUUCUGGCUCUCGAAAGACGCCGAGUACGAUUGGUUCGAUCGUAACGCCUUCUACGAGCGCAAAGACUCCACGAAAGGAAACUCCAACUCCAAUAACUUGAAUCCGAAUCCGAAUCACUCCAAUUCCAACUCUCAGAGGUUUUCACUGAACUUGAAGUCCAAGGCUGCGAUUAUCGGCCUACCGAAGCCGCAGAAGCACAACUACGUCGACACUAAGAAUCGGAGGAAUUGCAAGGCAGGAAACACUAGACUGUUUCCCAAACGCUCCGGAUCGGUCGGGAAAUCGGACGCUCCCAUGAUCGAACCGUCGUCUCCGAAGGUCUCGUGUAUGGGAAGGGUGAGAUCAAAGAGGGAUCGGAAGCGCCGGUUUCGGAAUCGGCAGAGGCCGUCGGCCGAGUCGUCCAUGGAGAAGGCCAUCAAGCCGGAGCAGAGACGAAAAACCGGCUUCUUCGCGAGUUUUCGGGCGAUGUUUCGGCACGGUCACCGAGACAAGUCGGCCAAAUCGCCCUACGCGACGGCGGACUCGCCUCCGAGACACAGCAGCGUGAUGUCGGGGAGAGCGCGUGACCGGUCGGCGGCUUACGAUUUCGACACGCUGUCCAUCGACUCGCUUCCGAGACAAAGCGUGGAGAGCGAACCGCCCAGUUUGGGCGGUAUGAAGCGCUUCGUUUCGGGUCGGAAGUCCGGGUCGUGGGUGGGCGAAGCCGGUAUCGACGUUGCGUAAAUCUAGUCACGUUCGGAAUCGAGGUUUCUUGAUCCGACGGCGAGCAGUGGGCCCACAGCCAGGAAGCAAAGGAAGCAAUGGGGUUGUUAAGGUCGUGAAUGGUAGUCUAUGUGGGACCGCCUUCGCCCUGUUUAAAUUGUCGUUGGAUGACGUGGCGCGUUGAAUAACGGUUUCCCUCCACCGGGGUUAGAGGUAAAAGAUAUAUUUUGCCUACCGUUUUCUACGUUUUUCGUUUUUUUUUUUCUUUUUUCCGUUUCAUUUUUAUUCUCCAGUUCAUUAGAGAAUGAGGUUGUGUAAAUAGAUAUGUUUUUUGGAGUGAGAAGUUGUAAAUCUGCUUGUAAUUUUGGAUAAUAAUGUUUUGGAGAAAACCAGAAACAAAUUCAGCUUAGAUUUGUGAA